CGAUGAUAUACUGAAAUCCUUGGCUGCUGCUGGGGGACAUGCUCAUAUCAGUGUAUUGGUCACCAUGACAAACCUUCCUCUAGAAACUCUCAAGAAUUACCUGGAGAUGUUGAAGAAGGAUAAUAAGGUGGUAUACCACAAUUCGGCGUGGCAUCUAAAGAUAUUCAGUAAUAAGCCCAACAUGAAGCGGCAACACAUCAGUGAAAAGGUUUUAGAGUGCCUAGCUGACAAAAGAACACUGUUAGAUCUACAGUGCAUGUUACCUGAAGUCAAGCAAAUCCAGCUGCAGGAGACUCUAGAGUUUCUUGAGAAGGGUGGUAAGAUUAAAUCGAUGGUGUGCUACAAAGCAGUCCAGCCAAACUGGAACAAGCCAACAAAUCCCGUCCAACCGUUUGUCGACAAGCCCCCUCAGCAAAACCAAAAACCCAAUCUCAAACCAGCGAAUGUGGAGCCUCAGUUUGCUUGUCAGGAUAUCAGAUACAAGGACCAGGAUACCAAUAAACAGAACUCUGAUCAACCUCCUAAUAAUAGAAACAAUCAUAAUAAUAGAGAAGAUUUGCGAAAUCACUUGGAUUCAAGGCAGAAUUAUUACAGAGACCAGCCCAAAUCUGGGCAGCAAGGACCUCCUACUCGGCAGUCUCAACCCAAUGAUGGUACAAGAUAUCCUGCUCCUCCCAACCAAGGGUUUACUAACCCCAACUACCCUCCCUUCUCCCACGAUGGUGCUCAUGCAAUUCGUAUGCCUUGUAAUGACAACUUGCCCCCACGCCCACCCCCUCAAAAUUACCCUCAGCCGUACGAAGAUAGCCCAAGAGACCAACAUCCACCUCGCCAACAUUUCAACAACGCACCGAGGGGCCAACAUCCACCUCGCCAACCUUUUAACAACGCACCGAGAGACCAACAUCCACCUCGCCAGCCUUUUAACAACGCACCGAGAGACCAACAUCCACCUCGCCAACAUUUCAACAACGGCCAAAAAGGCCAACAUCCACCUCGCCAGCCUUUUAACAACGCACCGAGAGACCAACAUCCACCUCGCCAGCCUUUUAACAACGCACCGAGAGACCAACAUCCACCUCGCCAGCCUUUUAACAACGCACCGAGAGGCCAACAUCAAUCUCGCCAGCCUUUUAACAACGCACCGAGAGGCCAACAUCCACCUGUUCACGAGUACAGACCUCCUGUUGCUCGCCCUCCGAUACGUCUCACUGGUAUUGACCCUUACACUAACAAAGCGUACGGCUGUUCUGACACAGGUUAUACAGGACCGUUAGUUCCGAGGAAUCAGCCUGCUGGAGGUCCUCCUGCAAGACACCAGGCUCCUCAGAUCAGGGGACACGACUUAACCAUCAGACAACCGGCUCCUAUAAAUAAUAGCGGAACUAGUGCCAUCAACCGGCCUGACUCUUACAAGAGGAAGCAGUCAGCAGGCAGAGGUAAAAGCUCUGGCAGGGGUAGAAGUAAGGACAUUGAUUACACUUACAGUAAGGAGCGGAAGAAUCGGUCGUGUACCCAAAAGGACCCGGGAGAAGAUGAAGUCAAGGCAGCCAUGGUAAAGGAUAGUGAGGAUGGUGUUCAGAGUCUCGGCAGUUGGAAUGAACCGGACGCGACUCUCGGGAAUACUUAUAAAGGGAGUCAGAAAGAAGGUGAGAAAACGAAAAAGGUUCUGAAGAAACCAAGUGUCAGUAAUUCUCACGUCUUGAUUGAUAGUGAUGACUGUUCUGAUGACAGCUCUGAUGACGAUGAUGAUUUGUCCUUACUGGAUCUCCCUUCUUUGCCCUCUAUUCCUUCAAUGCUGGAUGAUAUCGUUAUAGACGAGCAGGCUGGAAAUUACGUCCCACUUGGAGGCUCUUCUCAAUCAUCCGAUCAAAAUGCACUGAGUGUAACAUCAUCAGCUCCACCUCCUUCCAGCUUAGAUAAUGCAACUGCCAAUUUAUGGAAUUCUCCAUCAGAACAGGCCUUUUCCUCAUCGGGAGGUCAGGAACCGAUAAUGUCUGAAGAAGCCACUUCCUUGCAUUCAGCCCAGCAACCUCUAAGUCAAAGUGAAGCUCCACUCUUGACUCCAGUCCAGCAAAUUGUCAUCGAGCCCUCACUCUCUUCUACAUCUCAACCCUGUCCCUCGCUCUUAAACUGCACUACCUCUUCAGAAGACCAGUUUCACACUCCACAAUUGCACACGAUAGCUGCUUCAUCCGCAGUUCCAGAAAUGCACAACUCUCCAGACUACGAAAUAGAACUGCAGAAUAUCUCGUCCAAGCUCAGCAGCUACAACUUUGGAAUCCAGUCUGACGACAGUGAGGACGAUGAAGAUGACCCUAACGCUCAGGUAAGCUCUAAGGCACCCACUCACCUCAAACUUACACAAUCCCAAGCUGCUGUAAAUAAAAUGAAGAUAGGCCAUAUCCUAAAACCAGUUUCUACGCUAUGUGACAACGAGGGUCUGUCUCACCCAGUGUUAGUUGUCCAGCAUCGUCCUGACGACUUUAUAUCACCCUGGUGCUGUGUGGUAACUGUUGAGGAGAGUUUCAGUGGUGUCGGAGAGGGAGUUACUCAGACUGAAGCCGCGCAGCUGGCUGCAGGGAGUAUCAGAUCCGCGCUGGGGUCUAAAGCCUCCUGCAGAAAGUUCAAACAACAGACUAAUUUCUACGCCAAAAUGCUGCAUUUCAUGUGCAAACUGAGAGGGUUCUUCCCGCCAAUUUACCACCUUGUCAUCAAAACCAACAGAGUACAACUCACUGCAACACUCCACGGGAACCUGUUACACAAGAGUAGGGGCUCUCAAAGUGUGGACCAGGCUCUAGUGUCCUGCUUUGAAGCGUGCUGUGAGAAACUUUGUGUCCCAGUUCCGGGGCUAUCUGGGUGGAGGCAAGAGGAACUGGAUUACAAGCAGAGUUUGUUGGGACAGUGUCCUGGGGCUGUGUUCUCUAGUAGAAAGGUUGAGGAGAAUUGGUGGGGAGAAGUUACUGUUGAUGGGGUAAUCUACCAGGCUCCGCGAGGAUUUGAAAAGAAAUGGCUUUCCGAACAAGGAGCCGCUUGUCAGGCCUGUUUUACUCUAAAAUUACCUGUUUUCAACUGGAACUUACCCUAUGUGUACAUCGGAAAAAACACAACUUUCCCAAAGGACUUGAGAAACAGAAGUUGAAGGUGGUGCUGUAUUUUUUUCACUGGUUGUAUUUUUGUAGAACUGUAAGCUGGAAUAUAACAGUUUUAAUGUUGAACAUUUUCUACUUGGUAAAUAGGUAAUUAUGCAUAUGUUUAAUUUUUAUUGCCCAAUUUUUAUUCAUUUUAUUAUCUUAUGUUGGCUUGAGGUGGUUUAAGUUUCUUAAAACAGUGAAGGUGAUUGGGGUUUCUUUCAACUUAAAAUAUUCUAAUUUAUUAAUCUUUUUUUUCCACAAUUUCAGAGAUUCUAACUUCUGAUUUACAUGCUCGAUGAUAGCUGUUCAUGACUUUGUUAUUUUAUAUUUUGUCUCUACUAUAGAUAGUUAAGUUAACUCAGUUUUAGACAGUGAUACUUUCAAAUUUGAGUAAGUUUAGAAAUUAUGUAUGAAGCUGAAGGGGUAAACAAUUGAAUCGACUACGAUAUUCUAAUUUUUUGACAUACAAAAUUUAUUUUACAUUUUUUAUUUGUAAGCUUGUGUUGUGAACUAGUUAAUGUAGUUUUACAGAAGAUUUAAUGCAGCAUCUUGCCUUUUGUCGGGAAUAAUGUAGACGUGGUAAAAAUAAUUCGUAGACAAAUUAUGACCCUUGACAUAUUCGAAAAUAUCGAACAGAAAGUUUGAAAAAAAACAUUUUGGGAAAAAUUAUUUUCUGUUAUAUUGUGUAUUGCCAUCGCGCCUAUAUUUUUUCCGAUAUUAGGUAUGUUAAUGUUAAAUGUUUAAAUGAAGGGGUAUGAUACUGGAUAUUUUACCUGUUAUGGAAAUGAAAUUUGAAUUGUUACAAUCAA